AAGUCAUCACUUUUGUUUUACCUUUUCAAAGGAUGUUUUAUUUCACUAAAGUCAGAAAGGGUUAAUUUAAGUCGUUUUCUUAUUUGCUAGCUGCCCUGCUUGAGGAUUUUUUAUUCGAUACAGUAUUAUUUUAUUGAAUUGUAAUUUUCUUAGAUUCUAUAAAGCUGAACAAUGUAUAACAGGACUAUACAUUCUUUACAAUAAGCAGGGAAUGGAUAAGAAGAACCAGAAGCGAUUUGUGCUAGUCCAUGGAAUCUGCCACGGCGCAUGGUGUUGGCACAAGGUGAAACCGCAGCUGGAAGCUGCAGGUCACUGUGUGACCGCGGUGGACCUAGCUGCAUCGGGUCUAAACAUGACCAGAGUGGAAGAGAUUCAGACUCUUAAGGAUUACUGCAAACCGCUGCUUGAGCUUCUGAGCUCGCUUGGCCCGGAUGACGGUAAGGUGAUUCUUGUUGCUCAUAGCAUGGGUGGCAUAUCCGCUUCACUUGCUGCUGACAUCUUCCCUAGUAAGGUUGCUGCUAUUGUCUUCGUGGCAUCUCUCAUGCCCGACACAAUAAACCCACCUGGCUUCUUUUUCGAAAAGCUGAUCACAAGCGGUCCACAAGAGAAUUGGAUGGAUACUGUAAUUACGAAGCCUAAUGGUCCUCUAGAGUUUGCUCUUUUUGGACCAAACUUCAUGGCCAAGAAUUUGUAUAACCUAUCUUCACCCCAAGAUCUUGAAUUGGCGAAAAUGCUGGUGAGGGUAAACCCGUUCGCUACAAAGGAACUGGCAGGGACAAAAAGCUUAAGUGAGGAAGGGUACGGAUCUGUUACACGUAUAUAUAUCGUAUGCGGAAAGGACGUUGCGGUAACCGUGGAUUACCAGCGUGAGAUGAUCGAGAACUUCCCGGUGAAAGAAGUAAUGGAGAUCAAAGAUGCAGAUCAUAUGCCAAUGUUCUCUAAGCCUCAAGAACUAUGUGCUCUUCUCUUGGAGAUUGCGGAUAAACAUGCCUAAAAUAAAUUAAAUGAAGAUCGUCACUACAUUAUAGUUACAAAAAUCAGCUUCAACCACAAUUAUGAGCCAGAUUUGAGUGAUAUAUAUGGGUGACUAGAUCAUGUAUCUAUCUAUAGAAAUAAUAUUCUUCACAAGAAAAAUAUAUUUCAAUGUUUUCACCAAGAUUCAUAUUUC